AAUUAUACAGCAACGUAAUGGUUAAUAUCCAGGGGAGUUUCUUUCACUGGGAAGUUGUGCUUUACGCGUAGCACCUGUUGUGCCGUCAGUUGCCAGUCUCCAAAAACCCAACCCCGUCCGCGCAGCGAUAUUUCAUCUCAGUCUCCCCAGCAAGUUAUGACUCCAGACCGCGCCAGACAACAGAACUCGUCUCGGUGUUGCGGAAGGUUACUGGCCACAGGCUGGAUCAGGUUGCGGGACUCCCUCGCCGCCUCUGUGUGUGAGCUUUAACUCGCUUUAAUGCCGAAACAUCUGCGGGGGGAUUUGCAGGACGGAGAGCAGAACGCACCGUGGGCGCGCGCUCCAGCCAAAAAAAAAGAAAAAUGCGUCCGUGCGUUUCUGACCAUCCUGUGCCAUAGAUGAUACGCGUGCAUAAAGACGAUUUUCCAACUAAUGCUCGGAUUUGAACUGCCUAAACUUUGUUCAACUCAACAAGUUUCCACAGAGCCAACAGGUGCGCAYUGGCACAGCGCUGGAGAGGCAGUUCUGGUUGCUCUGCUGAGGCUUUGUUCUCUCUCAUUAGUUUAAAAAAUAGUUUUUUUUUCUCUCUGAAAACCUGACGUUUAAGAGUAUGCGGAUUGUAUUCAGUGCUUCCCAAAUGCGUCCAAAUCAGCCCUCGUGUUUGUGCUGAUACGAGCCAUUCUGUGUGCAGCAGCGCUUUGGAAACGCCAACCACCACUCAUCCAAAUGAUCCUUCCAUUAGUAUUCCUCCUUGCAUCGCUUCUCCAACAAUAUGGCACGGAAGCAGAAUCAAGUCACGUCAGCAAAUUUCACCUUCCAAGUGUGAAGGAGCAAAACGGAGUGCAAGAUUCCACUCAGGAAAAGGUCUUAACAGUGUCUGGAGAAGGAAUGGUCCACAGCCCAGACUUCCCACACACUUAUCCCAGGAAUAUCGUGCUAGUCUGGAGGCUUGUGGCAGCCGGCAACAUGAGGAUCCAGCUGAGGUUUGAUGAGAGGUUUGGUCUCGAGGAUCCAGAAGAUGGAAUAUGCAAGUAUGACUUUGUGGAAAUAGAAGAUCCGAUUCAGAAGACGGUCCUGGGUCGCUGGUGUGGGUCACAGUCGACACCAGUAAAUCACAAAUCUGAAGGCAGUCAGAUCAUCAUUCGCUUCGUUUCGGACGAGUAUUUCCCCUCGGAACCUGGAUUUUGCAUCCACUACUCCCUUCUGCCUGUGAGUAAAUCGGAGCCAGAAUUACCUGCAGUUCUCCCGCCGUCCCUGCAGGGGAUGGAGGAGUUGUCAGAAGCGGUGGCAGAGCUGACCACCGUGGAGGAGGUCAUGAAGUACCUGGAACCAGAGCGAUGGCAACUGGAUAUAGAGGAGUUGUACAAACCCACAUGGCAUGGGCUGGGGAAAUCCUUCAUGCACAAUAAGAAAGCAAGAGGUGUUGAUCUCAAUCUGCUGAGGGAAGACGUUCGACUGUACAGCUGCACGCCACGAAACUACUCCGUAUCCUUACGAGAAGAGCUGAAAAGGACGGAUGUCGUCUUCUGGCCCAGCUGCCUCCUUGUGAAGCGUUGUGGUGGGAACUGUGCCUGCUGUUCUCAUCGCUGCUUCGACUGCCAGUGUCUUCCUACCAGAGUUGCAAAGAAAUACCACGAGGUUUUACUGUUGAAACAUCGGAGUGGUGGAAGGGGCCUGUUGAGGUCCAUCACUGACGUGCCUUUGGAGCACCACGAGGAAUGUUCCUGCGAGUGUAAAGAUGACCAGGACUGACCUCCAGACAUGUCGAAUAUCUGCCAAUGGAAACACUUUGGAAAUAAACUCUUGCUGCUGUUUUGUAUCUCACCCACUUCCUCUGGGAGCCAACAAGAUUUUACUUUUAUGCUGUUGUCCUUUCACUAAUUGGCUGAAGCGGAACAGAAAGAAUUCUGAAUGGAUGUGGUCACUGUGAAAUACCAACAGUGUGUCCUGAGUGACAAAAAAAAAAAAAUCACUAGAGCAGAUGUAGACCAUUACCUAUGAUGUUUUCCAGCUUCUCCAAGAUACAAGAGACKUUUUUUGCCUCCUCUGCCAAAAACUGGUUUCAAAGUUCAAUUGGUGCGGGCUGAUGCUGUCAAAUAAAAUUUGACUUUUUUUCCCCAAAGUACUGUUUUUUCAUGAUUUUUAAAAGUGAAAUGACACCAGUUGCUUCACUUAUUCAGCUUCUUUACUAUUACUAUCAAAGCAAAGUCCUGUUCAUCGGCAAUUUUUUAUUUGCUCUCCUUGUUUUGCUGAGGAUGUAAUCAGUGGCAAAAUAAAGCUGAUUAGACUGCAUUCUGUGUAAAUAUAUUUUUUUAUUCUCUUUUAUACAUUUGUGCCUUUUUGUUAAAGGCACACGAUGCACAUGAUGGAAAUGUUUCUGCAAAAAAGUCUUCAUCUUAAUGUCCAGUCUGUUUGUUUCAGGUAUGCCUAGGGUUGAGUAAAUUUUCAGAAAGAUUGUUCAUAAKAAAUAUUUAUUUGUUUUCUGAAAGGGAAUUUUGAUCCACUGUGCUUUGUUUGCUAUACGUUUGCCGUUGUACAAUAUUCUUGCAUACUUUUUUAUUUUGUCGGUUAUUUUUACAUUGAUAUUUCAUCGUGRAUGUUUUUAAUCUUUUUUGUACACCAAAGUUAUUUAUCUCUACUUUUGAAAACAACUGUUUGUGUAUUUUGUAGUACUGAAUGCCAAAAUUAAAAAAAAAAUUUCCAACCUC